UACUGCUGCUGUUGAAGGGAGAUGAGCCAAGUUCUUCCAUUUGCGAGCCAGGCGCUACUGCUUCGAGAGCCAUACUCAGCCGGUCUGCUUGCGACGGGGAGACUGAACCUGGACACGGUUGCUUGAACGGCACACCAUUGUGUAGAACAUGAUAAUUUGUCCUGAAUGCCUAGGCUCAUCGCGACACUGCUAGUACUCGCGUAGGCCAGGCCUCCGACCUGUCUGUCGAGCCGAGGCACCAGACGCACCGUCGCCACCGACUGAGUAGAGGUGAGGGCCGAUACUGGAACGACCCACGACAACAUUUAUUUGCGCCUUGCCCUUGGUUUUGGAAACCGACGAGAAACGACCGCGCUUGGCUUCCGCGACGUGACCAUCUCGACACCACAUCCACUGUCGCGAUCAUUGGUCGGGUUCGGACAUGUGAUGUCCCUCUCCUUGUCGUCCUUGUACAGUACUACAGCAUGAACAUAAGUACCACCGGCCUCUCCAUUUUGACGCCCCCCCACAGUGACUGUGGCUAGUACGAAUGUAUGGGGAAUGGAAAGGCCCGAAUAACCACUAAUAACCACGGACCCCGACUAGGGGUCAAGGGACACAAUCUUGCUGUAUUUUGUUCCUGGUUUAUUUUUUUAUUGUCCGGUGUCACCGUCGAAAAGGAGCGUUGGGCUUCAUGUAGUUCAGUAUAUACGUAGAAAAUGUAUCGAUAUGUCCUUUACCCCUGGUAAAAGCAACCGUGUCUCGGUAGGGAAGGCCCUAAGCAAAGACCGUGGGGGAUAGUUACUGUGAAGGCAAAGACAAUGGCUCAGAACUACUCGGCUGUCGAGAAUUCCCCAGUUGACACGUCGAGUGUCGCUUGGCGAUUCACCCUUCCGUCCCUUUUGACGUGAAGGGCUAUAUACUGAUUGUCGUUCUAGAGUGUUCUCUUUUGACCGCGAGGCCUCUGAUACCGUGUGCUGGAGCUGAUUCCGAUGCGAGACGCCUUGCGGUGGGGUGUCACGUGGAAAUACUUACUCGAGAAGUGUCGUGUUGUCUUUUUGGUAAUCGGCGAAUGUGUCGUACAGAUCUUCCUAACGAGUGCCUUGUGGGAUACUGGGCUAACUGCCUGCUGUUGAUUUUCACUUAGAUUUCGCGCCUUGGGUUCGUGAUAUUGCUUCCAUGGGAGAUCGACGUGCUAAGGUGGGUGUAAACGUGUUGCGCAACAUGUUUGAUCGCGUAUAUGCUGUUGUUGAUUUCUUUCCGGUAAUGUAAACUCCAAGAUAUGGUGCGAGGACGGAUCACGCGAGCCUCGCUGCUCCUCGUGAAUAUCUUAGCAACAACAACAACAACAGUAUAAAGGCGCAACAACCGUGAAGCCGCUGCAAAUAGUUAGACCUACCGCGUUUGACCGUAAACGGUCUAUCUUCAUGAAAUGCACUGUUUGUUACCUAUGAACAGUCAGGACACGGAGACUAUUCAACGGUAUCCCACUUGUACGCACUUUCUUUGAUUGUGUAUCCUACAAUGACAAGUAUCGGGAACUUUUUGACAAAUGGAUAAGCUUCCAUGGAAGAAGUCGAAGUUGACUUCCAUGGGAGUGGUUCACUGCUUCCAUGGAAGUGGUUACCCCAUACCAUGAAAGGGGGUGCCCGUUCCAUGAAAGUCACUUUCGCUUCCAUGGAGUUUUAUGGAUUCCAUGGAAGUGUCAUGGCUUCCAUGGAACGAGCUGGUCUGUUUCAGGCUGCAGUUUUAAUGAUGCUUCCAUGGAAGCGGUACACAACUUCCACGGAAGCGUCCGGACAUACAUGUGGUCAUUCCAGCUUCACUACCCUGCCCUAACCCUAACGCUAACGCUAACGCUAACCCUACUCCAAAGAAACUUCGAACGAAGCGUCUGGACAUACAUGUCGUCAUUCCAGCUUCCCUACCCCAGCCCAAACCCUAACCCUCACCCUAGCCCUUACUCUACCACCGAGAAGACCACGGAAGCUAACCCGAGGCUGAAUACUUCCAUGGAAGCAGACCUAAAUCUGUCUUGAAUAGCUUCCAUGGAAGGCUAAGGUUCGACUUCCAUGGAAGCUAUUCCACUCCCAUGGGCUUGCCAUGGGACGUCCAUGGAAGUUGUGAAAGUUAAACUCCAUGGAAGUGGCACAUCCAUGUGUCAUAUCUUUUGUUCCAUGAAUGUGAAUAUCGCUCCUAUG